UCUGUAAGUAAUGUAGCUGUUCAUGUCGUGAGAAUUCCAGUCUGUACUUUGAAAAUGUUCUCUCUGCAAACAUGUAUUGUUAUACAGUAUUUUUGAAGUCUUGUGUUAGAAAAUGUCUGUGUUUUAGGGGAGGAGCACGGUGGUAGUAUUAUUGGAGCGCUUUCUAUUUUAUAUAUUUAUUUCUCUCAGUCGCAUCAGUUCUUCAUCUUUAAGCAGGGUAAUAAAAUAACAGAACAGAGAUGGUAGGACAUCCACAGAAGCUACAAAUAAAACUAACGUCAGGAAAAGGGUUUUACAGCGCUGUGGCCGAGCCAGAACGCGCAUAACAACAGUCAAGCUGAGUCACGUGACUCGCAUCUCCCGCACCGCUGUCUGACUCAGUCAGUGAGUCAGUCCUCUUGAUGCGAUGAAAAGAGAACGAGGAACUUCUUCCAGUACCAGAUACUUCUUUAAGAAGGGUUAAAGUGAAAUGCUGACGAAGAUGACAGUGACAGACAGGGCAUCGACUAAGACAGUGGAGACACACACACACACACACAACGACACACAGACCGACAGACAUACACACACACACACACACGUAAAUACAGUAAAGCAUUCUUACAAGAUGGAGCAGAAAGUCACUUUGCAGAACUCCUUGUAGAAAUGAGAUAAAUGCAUCGUCUAUUAUUACACUUGCUACUAGAAGUUCACUAUAAAAUUAAAACGUGAAUUUGUAUUGUAUUAGAAUAAUUCUUGUUGAAGAAAAUCGAUAUUUUAGAGACGUUCCGGUACCUUCAGAUUUUAGAUUACACAGCACCUCGUUUAUAAACCUUUUCGACUAUAAAUAUCACUACCCAAGGGGUCUGCUCUAAAAAGAUCUGCUCUUAGGAGCGUGAAGCUUGACUUGAGACCACCUGACUCCGUGAUGCAGCCACUCUCCAGUCUAACGGCAAUUCGCCACAAUAAUUGUGAAGCUGCAAAUUUAGAUCAAUGCCUUACCGAUUAUAUGUGUUGCUAGAAGUUCAAUGUAGAAAUAUCAUGUGAAUUCGUAAAAUGAUUCUUGUUCCUUUGGGUUUAGAGUUACACCGCUGGUUUUAAAGGGAGUCACAAAACAACAAAAAAAGUGUAGUCGUGUCUAAGAAGGAAGUCUUAAGCCGUAUUGGAAAAAAAAAAGAAUCACAAACAGCUGAAACUCUUUUUUCAGUUUGGAUAACUGUCCGUACAUUUUAAACCCUGUUUUGCCUGCAUCACCUGUUUGCAAAAAAAAAAGAAAGUUAGCAUCGUUUUUAUUUGUGGGCCACACAUGUCCCUUGUACCUUAAAGGGUUAAUCCAAUGACGUCAUGCCCCUUAUCUUUGAUGAGCUACUGAUUGGUUCAGUAUUUUUCAGAUGCAUUAAAUUCAACCCUUUGCUUUAAUGGCCAGACUGUUGCACAGACAGACAAACAGACAGACAGACACAGGAAGAGAAAGCUGUAGAGCACUGCUUUGAAAUCUAACAAUGUGUCAAAAUAUACAUUUAUUCCUGUUUUAUGUGCGUAUGCGUGUGUGUGUGUGUGUGUGUGAGAGAGAGAGAGUUUCCUGUAGAAAAAAAGAAAGAUUUAUUUUGCGACAAAAAAAAGAAUAUUUAAAACAAAUAAAAGUGUGGCUUUUUUCUCCAUGAGUUUAAAUGAAAACUAAACAUAAAAAUAUGCCAUUUUGUCAUUGUGCUAAAAUAAAUAUAAAUAUUAUAUUAUAUAUAUUAAAAUAUAUUUGCUAACCUA